GAUCAUUCUUGGUGUUGUACAUUCUGUGGGUUUGGACAAAUGUAUAAUGACCAUGUAUCCAGCAUUAUAAUAUCAUACAGAGUAUUUUCACUACCCUAAAAAUCUCUGUGCUCUGCCUAUUCAUUCCCUGCCAACAUGUGGUAACCACUGAUCUUUUUUUUUUCUAUCUCCACAGUUUUGCCUUUUCCAGAAUGUCAUAUAGUUGGAAUCAGUAUGGAAUCAGUAUGUAGCCUUUUCAGAUUGGCUUUCUUCACUUAGUAAUAUGCAUUUAAGGUUUCUUCAUGCUUUUCAUGGCUUGACAGCUCAUUUAUUUUUAAUGCUCAAUGGUAUUCUGUGAUCUGGAUGACCCCAGUUUACCCAUUCACCUAUUGAAGGAUGUUUUGGUUGCUUCCAAGUUUUGGCAAUUAUGAAUGAAGUUUCUAUAAACAUCCAUGUGCAGGGGUUUUUGUGGACAUGCAUUUUCAGCUCCUUUGAGUAGACACCAAGGAAUGUAAUUGCUGGUUGAUAUAUGGUGAGAGUAUGUUUAGUUUUGUAAGAAACUGCCAAACUGUCUUCCAAAGUGGAUGUGUUAUUUUGCAUUUCCAGCAGCAAUGAAUGAAAGUUUCUGUUGCUUUGUAUCUUUGCCAGCAUUUGGAGGUGUCAGUGUUCUGGAUUUUGGCAAUUCUAGUAGGUAUGUAGUGAUAUCUUGUUUCAAUUUGCACGUUCCUGAUGACAUGCAAUGUUGAGUAUCUUUUUAUAUGCUUAUUUGCCAUCUGUAUAUCUUGUUUGGUGAGGUGUCUGUUAGUCUUUGGCCCAUUUUUUAAUCAGGUUUUUAAAAUUAUUAAGAGUUCUUUGUAUGUUUUGGCUAAUGGUCCAUUAUCAGAUGUAUCAUUUAUAAAUAUUUUCUCUCUGGCAGUGGCUUGUUUUCUCAUUCUCUUGACAUUGUUUUUCAUGGAGCAUAAGUUUUUAAUUUUAACGAAGUCUAUCUUAUCAAUUGUUUCUUUCAUACGAGUGGGUUCUGCCUUUGAUAUUAUCUCAGAAAAGUCAUCACCAUAUUCAAAGUUUUCUAGGUUUUCUCCUGUGUUAUCUUCCAGGAUUUUAAUAAUUUUAUAUUUUACAUUUAGGUCUAUGAUCCAUUUUGUUAAUUUUUGUUAAGGGUGUAAGGUCUGUUCUAGAUUCACAUUUUUGCAUGUGGCUGUCUAGCACCAUUUUUGAAAGGGCUCUUUGCUCCAUUGUAUUCCCUUUGCCCUUCUGUCAAAAGCGAGUUGAGUAUAUUUAUGUGGGUCUCCUUCUGGGCUCUCUGUUCUGUUGCACUGAUUGAUUUGUCUAUUCUUUAGCCAAUACCACACUGUCUUGAUUACUGUAGCUUUAUAGGAAGCCUUGGAGUCAGGUAGUAUCAGUCCUCCAGCUUUGUUCUUCAGUAUUGUGUUAGCUAUUCUGGGUCUUUUGCAUUUCUACAUAAAGUUUAGAAUCAGUUCGUUGAUAACCACUAGACAAUCAUUUAAAAUUUUUCUUUAUCUUUAAUGAUCCUAAUAUUAGUCUGUCAAAGAAAAACAUUGCCAAUCAUAUUUCACUGGCCCUUGGAGGAAUGAAACAAUGUAGGAAUGACGCUUUUGAAUUUUGAGUAAAUUUUAUUUGUAAAUCUGUUUUAGUACUAUCAAAAUAUGCUUAUUUUCUUUUUCUAAUAUUAUUCAUAAUCUCAUAUCUUGGAAGAUAAACUUAACUCUGGUAGCAUUUGCUCUGUUUUCAGCUAUUAUCACAAUGACAAACUAUGAUUUUUAAAAAACCAUCAUACUGGGGCAGUUCCAAGAUGGCCGAAUAGGAACAGCUCCAGUCUAUAGCUCCCAGCAUGAGCGACGCGGAAGACGAAUGAUUUCUGCAUUUCCAACUGAGGUUUUACUUGUAAUGGACACAAGGACAGAACAGACUUUCAUUUUAAAAGGUCUAAGGAAAAGCAGUGAAUACAGCAGGAACAGAAAGACCAUCAUCCCCCGCUGCGUGCCCAACAUGGUGUGUCUGCAUAAGUACAUCAUCUCUGAGGAGUCAGUAUUUCUUGUGCUGCAGCAUGCGGAAGGUGGCAAACUGUGGUCAUAUAUCAGUAAAUUUCUAAACAGAAGUCCUGAAGAAAGCUUUGACAUCAAGGAAGUCAAAAAACCUACACUUGCAAAAGUUCACCUGCAGCAGCCAACUUCUAGUCCUCAGGACAGCAGUAGCUUUGAAUCCAGAGGAAGUGAUGGUGGAAGCAUGCUUAAAGCUCUGCCUUUGAAGAGUAGUCUUACUCCAAGUUCUCAAGAUGACAGCAACCAGGAAGAUGAUGGCCAAGAUAGCUCUCCAAAGUGGCCAGAUUCUGGUUCAAGUUCAGAAGAAGAAUGUACUACUAGUUAUUUAACAUUAUGCAAUGAAUAUGGGCAAGAAAAGAUUGAACCAGGGUCUUUGAAUGAGGAGCCCUUCAUGAAGACUGAAGGGAAUGGUGUUGAUACAAAAGCUAUUAAAAGCUUCCCAGCACACCUUGCUGCUGACAGUGACAGCCCCAGCACACAGCUGAGAGCUCACGAGCUGAAGUUCUUCCCCAACGAUGACCCAGAAGCAGUUAGUUCUCCAAGAACAUCAGAUUCCCUCAGUAGAUCAAAAAAUAGCCCCAUGGAAUUCUUUAGGAUAGACAGUAAGGAUAGCGCAAGUGAACUCCUGGGACUUGACUUUGGAGAAAAAUUGUAUAGUCUAAAAUCAGAACCUUUGAAACCAUUCUUUACUCUUCCAGAUGGAGACAGUGCUUCUAGGAGUUUUAAUACUAGUGAAAGCAAGGUAGAGUUUAAAGCUCAGGACACCAUUAGCAGGGGCUCAGAUGACUCAGUGCCAGUUAUUUCAUUUAAAGAUGCUGCUUUUGAUGAUGUCAGUGGUACUGAUGAAGGAAGACCUGAUCUUCUUGUAAAUUUACCUGGUGAAUUGGAGUCAACAAGAGAAGCUGCAGCAAUGGGACCUACUAAGUUUACACAAACUAAUAUAGGGAUAAUAGAAAAUAAACUCUUGGAAGCCCCUGAUGUUUUAUGCCUCAGGCUUAGUACUGAACAAUGCCAAGCACAUGAGGAGAAAGGCAUAGAGGAACUGAGUGAUCCCUCUGGGCCCAAAUCCUAUAGUAUAACAGAGAAACACUAUGCACAGGAGGAUCCCAGGAUGUUAUUUGUAGCAGCUGUUGAUCAUAGUAGUUCAGGAGAUAUGUCUUUGUUACCCAGCUCAGAUCCUAAGUUUCAAGGACUUGGAGUGGUUGAGUCAGCAGUAACUGCAAACAACACAGAAGAAAGCUUAUUCCGUAUUUGUAGUCCACUGUCAGGUGCUAAUGAAUAUAUUGCAAGCACAGACACUUUAAAAACAGAAGAAGUAUUGCUGUUUACAGAUCAGACUGAUGAUUUGGCUAAAGAGGAACCAACUUCUUUAUUCCAGAGAGACUCUGAGACUAAGGGUGAAAGUGGUUUAGUGCUAGAAGGAGACAAGGAAAUACAUCAGAUUUUUGAGGACCUUGAUAAAAAAUUAGCACUAACCUCCAGGUUUUACAUCCCAGAGGGCUGCAUUCAAAGAUGGGCAGCUGAAAUGGUGGUAGCCCUUGAUGCUUUACAUAGAGAGGGAAUUGUGUGCCGCGAUUUGAACCCAAACAACAUCUUAUUGAAUGAUAGAGGACACAUUCAGCUAACGUAUUUUAGCAGGUGGAGUGAGGUUGAAGAUUCCUGUGACAGCGAUGCCAUAGAGAGAAUGUACUGUGCCCCAGAGGUUGGAGCAAUCACUGAAGAAACUGAAGCCUGUGAUUGGUGGAGUUUGGGUGCUGUCCUCUUUGAACUUCUCACUGGCAAGACUCUGGUUGAAUGCCAUCCAGCAGGAAUAAAUACUCACACUACUUUGAACAUGCCAGAAUGUGUCUCUGAAGAGGCUCGCUCACUCAUUCAACAGCUCUUGCAGUUCAAUCCUCUGGAACGACUUGGUGCUGGAGUUGCUGGUGUUGAAGAUAUCAAAUCUCAUCCAUUUUUUACCCCUGUGGAUUGGGCAGAACUGAUGAGAUGAACGUAAUGCAGGGUUAUCUUCACACAUUCUGAUCUUCUCUGUGACAGGCAUCUCCAGCACUGAGGCACCUCUGACUCACAGUUACUUGUGGAGCACCAAAGCAUUUGGAUAAAGACAGUUAUAGGAAAUGGGGGGGAAAUGGCUAAAAGAGAACAAUUCGUUUACAAUUACAAGAUAUUAGCUAAUUGUGCCAGGGGCUGUUAUAUACAUAUCUUCAACCAAGGUGUGAUCUGAAUUUAAUCCACAUUUGGUGUUGCAGAUGAGUUGUAAAGCCAACUGAAAGAGUUCCUUCAAGAAGUUCCUCUGAUAGGAAGCUAGAAGUGUAGAAUGAAGUUUUACUUGACAGAAGGACCUUUACAUGGCAGCUAACAGUGCUUUUUGCUGACCAGGAUUGGUUUAUAUAAUUAAAUUAAUAUUUGCUUAAUAAUACACUAAAAGUAUAUGAACAAUGUCAUCAAUGAAACUUAAAAGCGAGAAAAAAGAAUAUACACAUAAUUUCUGACAGAAAACCUGUACCCUGAUGCUGUAUAAUUAAUGUAUGUUGAAUGUGGUCCCAGAUUAUUUCUGUAAGAAGACACUCCAUGUUGUCAGCUUUGUACUCUUUGUUGAUACUGCUUAUUUAGAGAAGGGUUCAUAUAAACACUCACUCUGUGUCUUCAACAGCAUCUUUCUUUCCCCAUCUUUCUAUUUUCUGCACCCUCUGCUUGUUCCCUCAUAUUCUGUUCUUCCGACUCCUGCUAACACACAUGCAACAAAAAAGGGAAGGGAGUGCUUAUUUCCCUUUGUGUAAGGACUAAGAAAUCAUGAUAUCAAAUAAACAUGGUGAAACAUUAGAUCUCUUCUUCAUUUGAUAACCCUCCCCCCUUUUUUUCCUUGAAGAAAUGCCUCUGUUCCUUUCCUUGUGAAAUAUUAUCAGUUUCUACCAUUGCUUCUCAUGCUUGACUUUGUUUUACUUUUUGGCUUGGUAUACUAAGAAGCAAAGGAUCUCAUCUAAAUGGAAUUGAAUGGCAGUCCUAGUUUGUUACUUAUGGUGAUGAGAUUUUCAGAUUUGAACUAAUCUAUUUGACGUGAUUUAGAAAGAAUGUAAGUAUUCACACAUCUCCAAACAUUUGUAUUUGUUACUUCUUUUUGUUGCUAAGGUAGCUCCUGUAGUUAUGCAUUGUUGCAAAAAUUUACAAAUGUUUUAAAAGUGUUAACAUCUGUUUUUUUUUUAAAUGUUAGCCAAAGAAGAAGUCACUAUUUCCAAGUUAGAAACCACCAGAAAUAAUUGAAAUUUUUGAUAUGUCCUAAUCUUCUUUGUAUUUUUGAGAUCUGUGUGAGAGCCCAACCCCACUCCAGGAGCAUCUGUACAGCUUCCAUCUGCCAUCGACCAGGUCCUCUCAUCAAAUUAAAUGGAACAGAAAAUGCUCUAGUGAAACAAAGGAAAUGUGCAAGCAUUUUUCCUUUUUCUAUUAUUCUAUUUCCCUUUUUCGUUUUUGGCCCCCUUAUAAUCCAAACCCCAGCUGAAAGACUGCAACAACACCAGGUUGGGGAGCAGGUCACCAGGAUCAUAGUUCAGUCAAAAUGACAUCACUCCCUGGAACUAGAUUUCAACUCACUAGUCCCCUGGCCUCAUAACAGGAACUUAUGCAGGUGAGACACAAGAAUGACUUCCUGUGUAGGACUAGUAGGAAAUCUGCAAGUACUUAGAGCUGGCCAUUACAGAACUUCCUUCCAGAAGUGCCCUGUGACAUGAAAGUAGGACUUCACAACUAAGGUGAAGAUCCCUGCCCUACCACAUGAUUUGAGUCUCUUGGAUUCAAAGGACAUUAAUGUCAACAGAUGGUUGCCAUGUCAGUCUGUUGACACAAUUCCAUUGCUUCAGUUUCUCCCCUUUUCUCUCUAUAUGUUUGGUUGGAGCUUGUGCCUAAUGUAAAUACAUCAUUCAUAAUUAGAAUGGACAUUAAUUAUUUUAGUAAUAAACACAGGAUAAAUAGC